AUGUGUGGUGUGGAUGUGGACCUGGAGGAUGGUUCAGUCGAGGAAGAGAAAGAAGAUGAGUUCUGGAUCGGGGAGGGAGUGAAGAUGCUGCCCCCUCCUGUGGCCCACAGCGGGGGCAGUGCAUGGGGCAGCCGCAGGGGCAGGGUGGGAUGCCUGGCCUGUGGGGCGGCCCUCGUCCUCUGGGACAUCUUUGUGGUUUCAGCCAGCGCUUUGCUCCUGGCUGUUGUCUUCUCUCUGGUGCUGCUCCCUGCAAUGCUGCUGCUGUACGCCGGGUUCCUCUGCCACUCCAGGGUCCUUGACGCCCCCUCUGCGAUAUGCGGCUACCUUGACGACAACAGCUGCUCCGCCCUCAUCAUCUUGGGUUUUGUGAUGAUGUCACCGCUCGUGGUCGUGGCGGCGGCCAUUUUCUGCGGGCUGGUCCGAAGGUUUCGAAUCCUGCUUCUCAUUCAGCCGAUCUCACGUGCCUGGUACCGAGGGCGACUGUUGGACUGGGCCGGCAGCCUCCACGCCUGGGUCUGAUCGAGGCGAGGCUUCGGAGGGUCGGAUAUGCUAACAGCCCGGGGAGAGAACGGAAAGUUGGAUUAGAGUGAAAUCAGCCAGAGAGAUACAGGGGGUAGACAAAAUAACAGAAACACCUCCAAAUGUAUUCAAUAUUGUGAAAUACAGUGAGAUGUAAACACAACUGGAUGCUAGUUUCACGCUUUGGUAAAAAAACAGUUAUUCACGUUCUUGCAGAGAGGUACUUAAAUUUCUUUUUGAGGGUGGUUAAUGGGGGGAAAGGGUUUUAGACAGCAAUGGCUUUUUGGGGGGGUUCAUUACCAGGAUUGGCUACCAGGACAAAUGGGCUGUGGACAGAGCCAUGCUAGAUGUUUUCGCCUGUUUCCAGUCUUUAUGCUAAGCUAGCUAACCUGCCCCUUACUUUAUAAUUUUACUUAACUGACAGGUGUGAGAGUUUUGUUGUUCUCAAGCUUUGUACUGUUGUUGUACUGAGUUGCAUAUUGAAAGGUGUCUUUGUUAUUUUGUCUACCCACUCUAUGUUUAUUUUGUGAACAUUUGAUUGUGCUUAAGUUGAUUGGAGCAAUUUCAACCUUUGCGGAGUGAUGUCUGUACUUAAACUUCACAAAACAAAACAUAUUCACAAGUAAUUUGAUAAAAGAGGAACAAAAUGCAUCUUAGGACAGUUAAAAAUCACUUUUGUAAAAUGAAGGGGACAGGAAGGAUUCUCAUAAAUAUUGCAAUAUCACAAUGGCUUUGACCCAAAAAAGACUCAGAGGAAUUGUCAUAUAUCAGUUGACAAGGUAGCAGAAACAAAAACCGCUUUAUCGUUGUGGUAUUUGAUUAAACAUUAUUUAUUAAAAACAUAUUUUUGUGACUUUGUGUCGCUCUGUUUCAUGUUGGACUUUCUCAGAAAUGUAUUUCUGUGAAGUUAUGUGUGGUUGUACAUUAGAAGUCUAGCAGAAAGUCAAAACAUAAUUGCGCAAAUUAUAUUUGAGGUAUUUUGAGAUUAACUUGGUUUAGUUAGUUGGUUUUCAUUUCCGGGGACCUUCAAACACCCUGAAAAUAGGGUAAAUAAAGACGUAAGAUAAAAAUCAGCAUAUGUGGAUUUUAAUAUUGUCUGUUAGGCAAAUAAAUAGCCAUUUAUGUUUGUUUAUCUGAUACAGCAGCAUCACUAGCAGUCAUGUCUUGGUGGGAGGGAGGGCUAUAUAUGAAACAUAUUUCAUUUAAGUGUCUCUUAGAUCACAUUGUGCCAUAACAAAACAGACCCUCCGUUAUAAAAACAACAAACAUCGA